AUGUAACGGUUCAGGCCAUCUUUUUUGUUAUGUGAUGACUAAAACCAUCUCUUUUGUUAUGUUAUGGCUGAAACCAUCUCUUGUGUUAUUUAAUGAUUCAAAACUCUCAUCUCCUUUGUCAUCUCAUUUUGUUAACAGCAUAUCAUGGAUCACGUCUUUCUUGUUACACGUCUUUCUUGUUACACGUCUUCUUUGUUACGUUUCUUUGCCAUCUCCUCUUUUGACUCAAACUGUUCCAGCCAUCUCUUUUAUUAUUUUGUUUAACACCAUAACAACACAUCUUCUUAAUCAUCAUGAACAACACAUGUUCUUAAACAUCAAAGCAACACAAUUUCUGGGAAUUAGGGAUUUGUAGAGUCGAUUAAGAAGAAGAGAAACAUGAGUUUAUGUUUUUAAUCAAACGCAUCAUUUCACUAUUUAACAGAAGUUAAAGCAAAAUUAACGGUUGACUUCUGAGUGUUUAAAAAGGCCUAGUCAACAUAAGUUUAGGAUUAUUUAGGAAAUUUUUUGAAAGAUUGAGAAUUUUUUGGCUUACCCAAAAGUUGAGGAUUUUUUUAACUUAUUUUUGUUAGUUCGGGAUUUAAAUGACGUUUUUCCCUAAAUUUAUUGUUAACUAUUUAGAUAUACAGACAACUACGAAAUAGAUAAUAAUGCUUACCGUUUGCGGUUCAUCUUAAAUCGGUUCAAAAUUAAAUAAAUUUCCUUAAUUGUAAUACUUUUGUUUGAAUAAGAUUAUGUGGUCAUUAGUUUGGCGGUUAAAAUAAGUAAUCCACUAAACAAAAACUAGAAAUUGAUCUGCACACCGUGUGGGUAUUUAUUUUUACUUUUUAUGAGUAAAUAUUUGCUUCUAAUGAUUAAUGAUAUAUAUUUUAACAUUUAUAGUAUAGCUAAUUGUAUAUUAUUUAUUUCCAAAAAUAAUUAUAUAGUGUGAAUGCAAUAAUUUAACCUAUUGUUUCAAAUUAUAAUUUGUAUCGCAUUUGUAUAAUAUAUUUAUUUUAUUAGUUUUGAGCUCAAGUUCUAGAGUGGAGAAUUUAUUGUAAAAUAGAAAUCUGAAUAUUAUUUGUCUCAGUAUUUCAUAUAUUAAUAAAUUUAAGUACAUGUAUAAUUAAAUUUUAAAUUAUUAGUAAUACAUAAUUAAUUAUUUAUAAAUUUUAUUUGAUUUAGUUUUAUUUCUAAAUAUACUUGAAACAAUAUAUUCUAUCAGUAAUUAGUUAGAAAUGAAUCAAAUGAUUAAGGUAUAUUAUAUACUUGUUUUAAAUGAUGGAAAAAUAAUUAAUGCUAAAAUUUAGGAAUAGUUAAAAUCUUAAUGGCAGAAUCUGUAAUUUUUAAUUUAGAAAAAGAGUUAUAUUAUUUUUGUAUUUCAGUUUUAAUAAGAUAGAUUUGUUAUUCAAAUUUUAUGCUUCAUCUUUUAGUAACAAACUUAAUGAAAUAUACACCCAAACAAUAUAUAAAACUUAGGAAACAAUCUUAGGAUAAAAUUCUAUGAUUCUUACAUAUUAAGAUAUAGUUGACUACCCAAAUAUAUAUUAAAAUUUAUUCAUUAAAUUAGAUUUUGGACCGAAAUUCGUAAUUCUUAAUAUGUAAAAUCACAUCGUUUAAUAUUAGUUUCGUUACAAGUAUAUCUCAGUUACUCGCAGGAAAAUAACUAUUAUUCAAAAUAUUAAUACAAAAUAGUAAAUAGUAGUAAGACUACAUUUCAUGCAUUAAAUAUCUGCACAGCCUUUAAACACAACCAGAUCAAUAUAAAACCAUAGUGUCAUUUGCAUAACAAGUAUACAUCAUUUAUAAUCUCAACUAGGAACCAAAACACUUCUCUCUUCUUUGUAUAUCUCUGAUGGCUUCUCAUAUGUCUACUGUGGGAGAAGUUACCGUCGGUUCACAAUGCCACAAACUUCUAGGCAUGCGUGACUUUACUAGCGCUAGGCAUCUCGUUAAGAUGAAUAAACAGUUAGGCAAAGAUUGGCAAAAACUCGACCAAGUUGAAGCAAUCUGCGACGUGAUCAUCGCCGCAGAGAACCGGCUUCCCAACGGGUUUAUGGAUUACUAUGGAAUGCUUCGGGCGACCCGAUUCGGACCGGUGGUGUUGGAUGAUUUCAGGAGGUUGAUGAAGCUCCUAGAUUGGAGGUGUAAUGGUCUACCCUCUAGCCAGGAAGCUGCUCAAUAUGCCUACCAAGCCUGGUCGAUGCUUUCUAAGCCCGUCAUGAAGGCCAGAUACGAUCUCGACAUCUCCUCCCCGAUGGUCGGGAUGGUUCAACUAGGGUUUCCUGAAGGCAGUUCCUUUGUCCCCAAGGAACAGAACCCUAAUCAGGAUAUUGGUCGUGGAAAUGACAAUAAAGUGGUGGUUAUUUCUGAUGAUGACGAUGAUGGAGAUCAAGACAUGAUAACAAUGGCUCGAACAGCGAAAGUGUUCAAAAUUAAUGGAAAGAGAGUGAAGUUUAUACCAUUGAAGAAGAAGAAAAGAAAGGAUUCUUCAACAAGCAACGUGAGGAAGACCUAG